AUAAAGUAAAAAAAGCAGACCAAUAUGAAUGGCCACUGAGUCACUGCUGUUCCCAAAAGCAAUGGCUUCGCUCUGUUUCAACUCGCUGCCUCUUCCUCCGCCUUCCCAACCCCGCAAACUCUCAGAGUCUCCUCUUCCUCCUCCUCCUCCUUCUUCCUCUUCUUCUUCUUCUUCUUCUUUUUCUUCCAAUUCUCUGAAUGUUAAUAGUUAUGGCAGCAGAGGAGAAGCCUUAAAGCCCAUUGUCGUCAGUGGCAGCCCGCCCACCUUUGUUUCCGCCCCCGGCCGCCGAAUUGUCGCCGUUGGGGAUCUUCAUGGAGACCUUGGCCAAACAAGAUGUGCACUUGAGACAGCUGGCGUGUUGAGUCCUGAUGGUGAAGAUGUAUGGAUUGGUGGAGAAACGGUGUUGAUUCAGCUUGGAGAUAUACUUGAUCGAGGUGAAGAUGAAAUAGCGAUUUUGUCCUUGCUGAGAUCCUUGGAUAUGCAGGCAAAAGCUGAAGGCGGAGCAGUUUUUCAGGUCAAUGGGAAUCAUGAGACUAUCAAUGUGGAAGGGGAUUUCCGAUACGUGGAUACUGGAGGAUUUGAUGAGUGUCUUGAUUUCCUGGAAUACUUGGAUGACAAUCGAGAUGACUGGGAAGAAGCUUUUGUUGGCUGGGUUGGUGUCUCUAAAAGGAUGAAGGAAGAGAGGAAAAUGCCCCAAAAUUAUUGGGAUCCCUGGAAUCUAGUGAGGAAGCAAAAAGGUGUGAUUGCCAGAUCAAUCCUAUUAAGGCCAGGGGGUCCAUUGGCACGCGAGUUAGCACGUCAUGCUGUUGUUCUUAAGGUUAAUGACUGGGUCUUCUGUCACGGUGGUCUUGUUCCUCAACAUGUUACGUACGGAGUGGAGAGGAUGAACAGGGAAGUAUCUGACUGGAUGAGAGGUCUCGUUGAGAUUGAUGACAACCCUCACUUCCCUUUUGUAGCCACCAGGGGCUAUGACAGUGUGGUUUGGAACCGAUUGUACUCGAGAGACACUUCAGAUUUAGAUGACUAUCAGAUUAACCAGAUAAAUUACAUUCUUCAACAGACGCUACAAGCAGUUGGUGCCAAGGGAAUGGUGGUGGGGCAUACUCCUCAACCUACGGGGGCAAACUGUGAAUAUGACUGUAGCAUAUGGCGGAUUGACGUGGGGAUGUCCAGUGGAGUUCUCAAUUCAAGACCCGAGGUUCUAGAAAUAAAAGACAAUAAAGCAAGAGUUAUAAGAAGCAAGAAGGAUCCAUCCAGUGAAUUGACGGUUGUCGAUUAUAUAUAGAGAUGAGCAAACAAGUUGUUUUCCAUGGCUCAAAUUGUUUGUACAGAAGAAGAAUAGCUUCAACAAAGGAGUAACGCCAUUUUUGACCAUCUUAAGAGCAGAAGCAGAAUAGCAGAAGAAUAGAGAGAAAAGAUGCCACUGUAUCAUACAUACCCACAAGCAUUCAACAUUCUUACUUUAAUUUAAUCUAGUUGAACUUGGUUUUUACUAUUCAUUCAUUUUGAAUGGUAACUGCAGAUUUAGUUUAUACUUUAUAGUUACCAUGUACUGCAGAUGUAAUUGUAAUUUUCAUUAUUAAUAAAUUUACUUUCAGAUUUA